UUGCAGGGACACUUUUACCAAAGAAUCUGAAAGGGCAACCACCCGGCGGAGGGGGCAUCAGUCUAGUUACAUCUUGAGUGAUUUUGAUGGCAAGGAACACUUGGCCCAUGUUUGAGGGUAUAAAUAGCAGUAGUUUCUCUACUCAAACCAACAAAUUUCUUUCUUAGAUUAGUGUGAGAGCUCCAAGUUGUGCCUAGCUCACCAAGAUGGCAGCCGCUGGCUUUAUUGUGACCCUUGCCAUUUGUUUGGCCUUGUCAUCUUCAUUUUCUCACGCUUUCGAUGACAAUCCUUUGCAGGAUUUCUGCGUUGCUGUGUCUGAUACAUCUGCAGCUGUGUUCGUCAAUGGAAAGAUCUGCAAGAACCCAAAACAGGUAACUAGUGACGAUUUCCUCGGAACAGGCUUUAAUAUUCCUGUAGACACCAACAACUCUCUUGGAUCUGGAUUUAAGCUGGUUGACGUUAACGUAAUACCCGGCCUUAACACUCUCGGUCUCAGUCUCCUUCGUGUAGACUUUGCACCAGGUGGUGUCAUACCUCCUCACACGCAUCCUCGUGCUACUGAGGCCGUCGUAGUAAUCGAGGGUACCAUCUAUAUUGGUUUUGUCACCUCCAAUCCAGCUGAUAACACGAAAAAUAGGUUAUAUGCUAAGAUUUUGAAACCAGGAGACAUCUUCGUCCUCCCAAUUGGCCUAGUUCAUUUUCUAAGAAAUGUGGGGAAAACAAAGGCGAUGGGGAUUGUGGCUUUCAAUAGCCAAAACCCUGGUACCAUCACAAUUGCAAAUGCAGUUUUCGGGACAGAGCCGCUUAUUUCUCCUGAAGUUCUCACUAAAUCAUUUCAGCUGGACAAGAAGGUGAUCGAGUACCUCCAGUCAAAGUUCUAGUGGCGUGUGAGGACAUUCCUUUGUGUUUUGUUCCCCAUCCAAAUUAGAACAAUGUUGGAUGUGUCAUUUAUAAGGUUUUUUUUCAGUUCUACUCUGUGCCCUAAGAGCACAGGAUAAGAGCUGUAUCUAGUGUUCAAGUUGUUUGUAAAAGUUUAAAUUUAUAGACAAAAGUUUAUGUAAUUCAGGGUAUUUCAAUAAACUAGUUUUUCACAAAAAUUUAUAGACAAUAAGCUUUUUCCUAGACUAUUUUGAUUUUGGUCCUAUAUUUGAUUUGUGACAUGACAAAUCAUUGUAAGAACAUAGUUCCAUUUGGAUUAGUUAUUUUUUGGAGUGUUUUUGAAAUAUUUUGCUGUAACA